UAAAGGCCAAUCUUAUCAGUAUAGUGCAUUGCAAGUUUGCAUUUUUGUUAACAAAAAAAAAGUUCUAUAUUGUUUUUACACUUUCUUCCUCCGUUUUACCUAUUUUUAUAACGCGAAAACGAUUUUCCAAAAUCUCUAUAUAUUUUUUUGGUCGAUUCCAAAAUCUCUAUUUAAUGGACGAGUUUACUGCAAAGAAAACGACAAUCUCGGAUAUUCAGAACCACAAAGAAAGGACAAAAAUGAAAAUCACUAUUUUUAGAUACAUAACUUUUACAUAAACUUCUCUUUUUUAACUCUACAAUUUCUUUUCUUUUUUUUCAGUUUCGCAAUUCCGACUAUUUUUAGACUUUUCUCUAUUCGUAAAAAGGUAGAGAAAGAAACACACGAGAAAGAGAAGGAGAAAACAAAUGGAAGGGAAAGAGGAAGAAGCAAAGAGGAGGAUGAUGAUGAAGAUCAAACUUAAGGAGACAGAAGCAGAGAUAAACCAAGAUGAUAUUAAAAGACAAGAAGCUUACAAUAUGUCUCCACGUGUACGUCGUGGUGGUGGUGGUGGUGGCUCGGUAGGUAUGAGCAAGUCAUCGAGCGUGAGGCAAAACUGUUUAUGCGCACCAACGACACACCCUGGCUCCUUCAGGUGCCGUUACCACCGUCGCAACGCUGGACUCGGCAUGUCUCGUGGCAUAUCCGUUCCCUCUAACCUUUCCAUGUUGGGUGGUGGAGACUCUAUCUCUGGCUCUCCCAAGUGAUUCAUAUAUUAAUGUGUUUCUUCUCAUCAAUUUAAAAUUCUCGUAUGUGUGUGUGUAUAUACAAAAAUGCGUAAGUAGAGAAAUCUCUGGAUAUUCAUUCACUUUGCUGUUUGCACAAAUCUAUAUAUAUAAUAGGAGAGUCUUCUCUCCAUCUAGACUA